GGUCAUGCAGGUUUGAAACAACAAGAGAGUAAUUGAUGACAAUUUCAAUUUUGGAAGAACUAUCCCUUUAAAGAAUGUUUUGUCAAUGGCAGCUUAAAUAGCAAUUAAAGAACUGACAGGACUGAUGGUGUGUAAAAUCUUACUGUAGACCUCCUAUCUUAUUUUAAUACAAUAUUUGAGAAGAACCAACCAGCUAGUCUUUAACAUAUUGCUGGCAACAACAGUCUCCAAAAAGUUAUUUUGGUUUUGAAAAAUGUGUUUUUGUCAUUGAAGUUGAUUCCAUUCCAUACUACCCAGUUUGGGAGUAAUAACUGCUAAAGAGUUAUAGUUUUGCAGACUUAAUGCAAGUUGUAGAGGAGCUGAGGGACUUGCUUUAAUAACUUGAGUUAUUCUUCCAAAUGUAUAGGGAAAUCCUAUGUACUCAUAAAUGUUCAUAAGAUAAAAAUUUUACAGUUCUAUCAAAAAUGGUCCAAUAUAUGAAUUAUGUCUCUGUUAAAGCAAUUUGGCCAAAGUAAAAAUAGUACCACUUGUUCUAUUGCAGUUCUUCCAAAGGAAAGAACUUUGUGGAGAGAAAUAGUGCUGGUAAUAGUUCUUCCAAGCAAGAUUUAAAAAAAAAAAGCACAUUCUCUCUUCCUCAGUGGUUGCAACACUAUACUUUAGGUUUUCAAAUUCCAGGCAACGUCAUUACAGGGAGAGAGGAUAAUCUGCCCCUCCUUGUUACCUUGUACCUGCAGUAACGCCCUCAGGUUGAUGUUUAAAAAGCGUUACGUCACCAGCACUCCCAUUUCCGGGUUUCUGUGCUCUGACUGCAAGCUGGCUGAAUGAGAAGUAAAGGCUAUAAUGUGAAAUCGCUAAUUGACGUGUCUGUGCAGAAAAGAACGGCCGUGUCAUUGGUGAUGCAGAGUUAGAACGGCUCAAAUUAAACGAGGGAUACAUAAACGGGACUCAGUACAGGAUGUUGGACCCUGGUCAUAUUGUUGAGUCGGUCACAGUCGAGGAGGACCCCCACGAGUCUAUACCAAUUAUUUCAGUUGAAACCAGUGAUGAUGGAACCACACGUCGCACUGAGACUACAGUAAAGAAGGUCACAAAGAUGACCACCACACGAACAGUCAUUCCCUCAGUCUCAGACACACUUUCCCUGGAUGGCACAGGUUCAGUCACUGGGAUGCCCAGUUAUAAUACCCCAAUGGACCGUGUGUACAGGCCACCAGGUGGUCCCAUGGACUACCCCACCGCUACUGUCCCCCGUAACUACCACUAUGGACCACCAGGUGGCUAUGAUGACUACCGCAGCGUCCCUCCUUCUGAAGCCUACGCCAGCCUCAACCGAGGGACACGAAUGGAUGACCGCUACAGGCCUGUGGAUACCUAUCGCACUCUGGAUUCCGCAUAUCGCACCCACAGCCGGCCGCAGUUGGACCCGUAUGCAGCCCAGCCCCAGGUAGGACGUAUGGGCAGUGCUAUGGAGAUCUCUGGCAUGCAGCGCUUUGUACCAGAGCCAUACGGCUUGGAGGAUGAUCAGAGGAGCCUGGGAUACGACGAACCUGAUUACGGCAUGGGACCACCCAUGCAUUACAGCACAAUGCCCCGGUUGGCACAUCCACACCAUGCCCCACCUCCACGUCGGACAGGGUCAUAUGAGGGCACACUGGAUGGUGAUAUGAGUGGUGCUGGCGAUAUGUAUUAUUGGGGAGGAGGAGCUCCGCUGGCUCAGGGAGAGAGAGGCAGCAUGGCAUCCUUGGACAGCACUCUUCGUAAAGGCCCCGCCCCCACAUCAUGGAGGCAACCGGAACUUCCUGAAGUCAUCGCUAUGCUCAACUACCGCCUGGACCCUGUCAAAAGCAACGCUGCAGCAUACUUGCAACAUCUCACUUUCAAGAAUGAUAAGGUGAAGUCAGAAGUAAGACGACUGAAGGGGAUCCCUGCCCUCGUGUCCAUGCUGGAUAACCCAAAGAAGGAGGUUCAUUAUGCUGCAUGCGGGGCACUCAAGAACAUCUCAUACGGCCGAGAUCCAGAUAACAAGAUAGCCAUCAAGAACUGUGACGGAAUUCCCGCGCUGGUGCGGCUACUGAGGAAGACGAGAGAUCAGGACCUUACCGACAGCAUAACAGGCACGCUGUGGAACCUCUCAUCUCACGACUCUGUAAAGAUGGAGAUCGUGGACCACGCGCUGCACGCUCUGUCGGAUGAGGUGAUGGUUCCUCACUCGGGCUGGGAGAGGGGGAACGAUGGCGGAGAGGAGAGCUGCAAACCCAGACACUUGGAGUGGGAGACGGCACUCACCAACACCACUGGCUGCUUAAGGAAUGUGAGCUCGGAGCGGAGCGAGGCCAGGAGGAAGCUGAGGGAGUGCUCUGGACUGGUCGACUCACUCAUGUACAUCGUACAGUCACAGAUCAACUGUAAAGAUGUGGACAACAAGCUGAUUGAGAACAGCGUGUGUCUGCUGAGGAAUCUGUCCUAUCAGGUGCAUCGGGAGAUACCAGGCUCUGAGCGCUAUCAGGAGAUGACUCCUGUCAAUCAGGGCCCCGCACCUUCCCAAAAGGGCAGCUGCUUCAGCUCCCGAAAGGGCAAAGACGAGUGGUUUACCAAAGGAAAAAAAGAUGAUGAUGGAACUUCAGAUAUGAUUGACAUUCCAAAGAGAAGCACACCAGCCAAAGGUUAUGAAUUGCUGUUCCAGCCAGAGGUGGUGCGUGUGUACACUUCUCUCCUGAAAGAGAGCAAGAACCCAUCAGUUCUUGAAGCCGCCGCGGGGGCUGUGCAGAACCUGUGUGCAGGCCGUUGGACUUAUGGGCGGUACAUCAGAGCAAUGUUGAGACAGGAGCACGGCCUGCCGAUGAUGACUGAGCUGUUGUCUCAUGGGAACGACCGUGUGGUCAGAGCCAUGUCUGGAGCUCUGAGAAACCUGGCCAUUGACGCUCGUAACCGUGAGCUGCUAGGGAAGCAUGCAGUGCCUAACUUGGUGGCCAAUCUGCCAGGCGGUGGUCAGAGUCAGCCUGUGCGCGCGCUCUCAGAGGAGACGGUGGUGUCUGUUCUCAGCACUAUGGUGGAGGUGGUCGGCUCCAGCGUGGAUGCGGCCAAAAGCCUGCGCAGCUCCCAGGGCAUCGAGAGACUGGUGCUCAUCAACAAAGACAGCAACCGUUCAGAUCGGGAGGUGCGUGGUGCUGGGCUGGUGCUGCAGAUCGUGUGGGGCUUCAAAGAGCUCCGCCGCACACUGGAGAAAGACGGCUGGAAGAAAACAGACUUCAUGGUGAACCUUAACCCUCCUAACAACACCCGCAGCAACGGGGGAUACGAGGACAGCACCCUGCCGCUAAUAGACAGAGGGGGCAAACAGGACCGAGACAGAGACAUGAUUCCUCUUAAUGACAUGGGACCAGACGCUUACUCUACGCUAGACCAGAGAGGGCGGAGAAACACUUUAGAUGACACUCUGGAUCGCUCUGACAGAGAGGCACCUCAGGGAGGAAUGUAUGGGGAGAGGCGGGGCUCUUUGCCUCUGUUGGACUCUUAUGAUGAAAAAUUGAUCGUGUGCAUCACCCGCCGUGAGUUUCCUCCUCCUGCCUACUGUCCCUGCUGAGCCUCUGAUCUCAUCCCUCAUGGGACCAUAGCCACUAAUUGCAACGACCCUUCAGUAGUUUUCAACAUUCUCAUGUUGUCACUCUCCUGCUCUCAUUGAGAUCAAUGUGAUUGCAAACAGCCACUACUUAGAAUGGACAGUGAAUUCCUUUCUCGAUUUUGGUCCAUGCCACUCUUUUUAUGUCAAAUAAUGGAAACACUAGGGACUACAAACUCUAUUUAGUCACAUCCCCAGCUUUUCAAGCUUUAUAAAUCAUCUCCUUUUUGUUUUUUUUUGUUUUUUUGCUUAUGCAUCUAUUAGAACACUAGUAUAUUAUGGCGUUGGUAUUUUGAUUAUUUUGCUUCAUCCUGCUUUGUGGUUCAUAUUGAAAAAUGUAAUGCCAAAUUUCAUCAGUCAUAUGUGGCCUGCAGAAAAUAAUGUAUAUAGAAUUUCUCAGUAAGUUUUAUGUCUCGUCGGUGCAUUGCAACAGGCAUGAGGCCUUUUUUUUAUGUUUUUUUUUUUUUUUUUUUCAUUGUUUUCUAAAAGCACUAGACGACCAACAAUUCCCCUUUAGUUAUCCAUCUGUGGUUUUUUGGAUGGUCUCGUGGAUUGUUCAGUCUCUAGGAAGGGUUUGUUGUGAAAGCGUUGAUGAAGCAUAACAAAAGAGGCAGAGGGAUAUUUGAUUGGGAGAAUUCUUUUUUUUUUUUUUUUUUAAACCAGUAGAAUUCUAGAAAGUUCUCUAGUUGUAGGUGAGUAAAGUUUUGUUCUUUGAGACUCCUUCUGUUGUCAAAUUUGCAAAGCAUUCCAGAGUGGGAGAGCUGUUUUGCGAUUUUUAUUUUUUUUCUUUCCCCCUUGAAAUUGUCACUGGCAACAGUUAGUUUUUGUGUGGAAACUCAAAAGUAACUCACCCUUCAUUCUUAAUAAAUACAAUAAAAUAGCCACAGAAGAGAAGAUGCAAAAAAUAAAGCUAUUUACUUUGAGACAAAUCGCAGCGCUGGUCUUAGAUCGAUGCUCCUACUUUUCAGUACUUUGUGAAUCUGCCCUGCUGGUGGACCCAGUUUGUGCAUUUUCAUUUUUGUCUGAAUAUAAAUGAAUGUGUAAAUAUGACUGCGUCUCACAGAUCCACUCUGCAUACUUGGAGUGCCUCGCUUGCUCAAUGCGUUGCGUGAGUGUGUGUGUGAGUGAUAAGCGGAAAACAGGGACAUUUGACCACCCUUCUGCCUCUUGGUUUCAGUGCCUGUAUGUGUAGAGAGUGAACGAGUGUACAUUUGAGGAUGUAUAUGCAUUGUUUUUUUUUUUCUUUGAGAUCCAUAAGUACAGUGCAUGUUUCUUAGACUGCAUAUUCAAAAUGCACAGUAAGUCUGUUGUAGAUAUUUACUGAAUGGAAACCUCAGCACUAGGGGUCAAAGGAUUUUUUAUUUUAUUAUUUUUUUAGAUUUUUUUUAUUUUUUUUCCCCAAUGCCUUUUUAAUUCCCUGUCUGCCAAUCCAGUCCUUCGAAACGCUGCAGUCAGUAAAGGAAAGGUUGGCUGUUGACUAAAUGGAUGUGAGCCAGAAAUCUGAGUCCUGGUAAAGGAGGCUGUUCACAAGUUUGAGGAAUCAAUCGAUGGUUUAAUGUUAAAGGAGGCGGAUAAAUUAAUCUUUUAAUUACAAAAAAUUGCAUCUCUUUCAGGCAGGAUUUAGACCGCUAUUGAUUCUAGCUUGAUGAGGAAAAUAAGAUAGGUAAAAUAAAAGCACAUUUAACUAUAUAUACCAGAGAAUAUUUGUUAAUUUUAAUUAUAUUGUUUUUCUUGGUUUUUGUCCUGUUGAUGUUCUUUCUUUUCUAUAUUUUAUGAUUGGGGCUGAUUUUGUUUUUUUGGGGUGUUGUGGGUGAAUGCAUAUGCAAUCAGUUUUAUUUUUAAAAUAAAUGCAUUUACGGUUCAUAUCUUUUAAAGACGAAAGGAAAAAUUCUUUGUCAUGUGCUGUCAGUUGACAUGUUUCUGCAACACUAGCAUUGAUCUUGAUUCAUAAUUCCUAUAUUUCAACACUUUACCUUUGGUCUUAAACAUUGCACCUUUUCUCUCAUGGAUUGAACAUGUAACUUAGCAAUACUGUAUUUUUCUUUUUUUUUUAAUAAAAAUUAUUUUUUUUCUCAA